ACGAUAGCAGCUCCAGCUUUUAAAUCUCUCCCCGGCCCUUUCUCUCUCCGUGUCGGUCUCGAUUUCGAUCUUGAUCGCCUCCUCUUCAGACCCCAACCCUACGUAGUUGGAAGGAGACAAGAGAAGGGAGGACGGGAAGAGAAGGGAAGACGGAUUUGAUUGCUUUCGAUCCGGCUGCCGGGAGCUCGAGAUCCCGUGGUGCGGAUCUCGAAUUCGGAAUCUCCGGCUUCGAUUUCGUGGGGAAUCGGCGUCGCCGUCACCGGCAUCGACCGGGAACCGUAAGUUCUCCUCUGAUCUUGAAAGAUCUGAUAUUAUCUACUCGAUCUUUUCCGCGUCGAUUCCGCCGUUGUUGUUGUUUUUUCGGUGGGUUUUCUGGGUGAUUUUUGCGUUGUUCGAUCUGAGUUUGAGCAAUGACGGCGGAUACGAAGGAGUAUAAUGGUGGAUGCGAGGGACAGAAGGUGGAAUUCGAGGGGAGGGCCGGCUCGGCAGUGGUGUUGGAGAAAGAUCGGAAGGGCAAAGAAGAUUAUAACGGCAUUGGACCUCGGGAGGGGGAGGAGAGCGGAGGGGAUGAGAGCGAGGGUUCGUUCGUGAUGGUGAACGAGGAUUCGGAUGAUCCGGCCGAGAGGGAUCUCGAUGUGGGUGGGAAAGCGGUGCCGGUGGAGACCGAGGAGAGCGGCGGGCCGCCGGCGAAUGUAGGUCCCUCAGCGGGGGAGGUGGCAGCCGGAGAUGGGGAAAUGGGUGGAGAGAAGGGAGAGGAUCAUGAGGGUGUUUAUUCUGUGGUGAAUUCUGAGACCGGCGUGGAAGAACAAAAAGAUGUGGCGGCGAUGAGUGGUGCGAAGGAGGAAAAUAUGGAAUCUGAGACAAAUACUGCAGCGGAGGUGGAGGAGAGAAAGGAGAAGGAAGUUAAUGGUCAAGGUGAAUUGGAGAGUAAUAAUGGUAUGGUUAACAAUGAUGUAGAAUUAGAAGGAGAACAGAAGAAGGAGACUGUCGCUAUAGAUUCCGACCUCCAGGUAGAACCAGAAUCAGUUGAUAAAGAGAAGCUCACAAUGACAGAGACCGAUGACCAAAUUAGAUCAGAAUUCGCUGUUGAAGUCGAAGAAAGGCAAGAACCUGAUACCAUAGUUACAGAAACCAACCACCAAGCUGAAUUGGAAUCAGCUACUGACGUAGAAGACAGGCAAGUGGUGGAGACUGGUGAAGUAGAGAAGCAGGACACUUUGACUGUCGCCAGCAGCACUGGUGAUCGAGUGGAAGCUGAAUCAGCUGUUGCAAGGGAGACACAGGAGGCCCAGAUGGUGUCGACAGAUAAGAAUGACCAAGAGCAAUUGGAAGUAGUUGUCCAUGUGGAAGAAAAGCUGGAGACUGAGACUGCUGGAGAGGCUGGCAACCAAGCUGAACCAGAAGCAAUUGACAAAGUAGGAGAAAAACAGAAGCCUGAGAGUGUGGUCAGGGACACCACAACAUCUGAAUCUCUUCCUCUUGAGCGUGAAGAGGUGAGGCUGUCAGCUGUAGCUGAAGAAGGUCCAGCAGAUGAAUGCUCCUCUGAAAAUGCAACGGCAUCUGAGGGUCAAUGCGGAACCAAGUUACAAACAGCGGACAGCAGUGAAUCUCCUGAAAAUCAUGAAGCCAGCUCUAUCUGUCACCUUGAUGCCAGGGUGAAAGAAGCUGAGUCAAGUGCUCAUCUGGAAAGUUCAAAAAACUCAAGUGCUUGUCAUGUUGGUGACCAGGAAUUGGUGAAAGAAGUUGAAGUGAGCAAUAAAUCUGCGGAGAAUGGUGAAGCCAGCCCCUCAGAAACUGAAACAGGCAUUUUCAGUGCGGAUGAGCCGGGACCAUCAAGUGCCGUGAGUGGUGCAGAUCUUGAACCAGAACUGAUAGAUGCAUCCACUAAGAGUGAAGUUGAAGUUCAAAACGUUCUGGAUCAAAGUAAAGAAAGGACGGUGAUUUGUUCCAAGAAUGAUACAGGGCUAGAGACUAAAGUUUGCAGUGUUAUGGAAAUUGAGAAAGAUGUUUGUACUAAUCAUGCUGUUGCAAUGAAAUCAGAACCCGAGAUUGACAAUGGCUCUGCAAAGGUUGGUGAAUGUUUGGCCAGCACUGUUAAAGGUAAUGAAGCUACAGGAAAGGAUGAUAACAAAGAACCUAUUCAUGAGGAAGUUGAAGCUGUCAAAGAGAUCCAGGCUCAACCAGAGGAUCCUAGUGGCUCAACUCUUGAGGGAGAGAAGGUGGAUACACAGGUGGUCAAAUGGCAGCCAUGUUACAUAAUUAGAGUCCCUAGAUUCACCGAUGAUGAGCUAUGGGCGCAAAUAAAGCAUGCUCAAUUAGAACUAGAAGAGAAGACGCGAAGCAGGGAUUCUAUUGGAGUUGCAGUUCAUAAGAAAAAGGCAACUUGUAAUGAAUACCGGGAAAAGUUAGAAGCUGCAAAAGCAAAAGAGAGAGCUGCAAGAGCUGCAUUUAAUGCUAAGCGACAGGAAAUAGAAUCUGUCCAGUCAAUACUUAACAAGUUAAAGAAUGCAACCUCGAUUGAAGAAAUUGAUAAUAAGAUAGAAGCAAUGGACCAUGAAUUUCAGCAUUCAACCAUGGGCUUGAAAGAAGAAAAACAACAUCUGCAUAAUAUUAAACAGCUGAGACACCUUCGUGAACAGCUAUCUUCCAUUAUGGGCCCGAAAUCAGAGAUUGAUAUGGCAUUUGACCAAAGAGAUCAGAUUGAAGAGCAGUUCAAGACUUUGAAGAAGGAAUUGGAUUCCCUUAAAGCUGAUUUAUCAGAAGCUGAAAUAAACGGAAAAGAGGUGCGGAAAGAAUAUGAUGAUGAGGUCCAACAUUUGAGGGAUGUACAACAACAAUUUAGAACAGCUGAUGAGAUUCGUCAAAAAGCAUAUGGACACUGGAGGAAUCUCAAAAAUGAGUCGAUGGAGAAGAGCAAAUACUUUCACAUGUAUAAGAAUGAUCAGAGAGCUGCAGCAAACUAUAUAACUUCCGGGGAUCGAGAGGGUCUGCAGUUGCAUUGCAGCAAACAGGUGGAAAAAAUUAUGGAGCUGUGGAACAACAAUGAUGAAUUCCGCAUGCAGUAUAUGAAAUCCAACAGGAACAGCACAUUGAGGAGAUUGAGGACAUUGGAUGGAAGAUCGCUUGGCCCAAAUGAGGAGCCACCUGCACUACGUACUACCAUAGACAAAAGCUCAAGCUUUGCUUCAAACUUAUCCAAUAUUAAACCGCCUGUACCCAUUGUAGCUGCAGAAGCAAAACCAGGAAAUUUCGGCACACUGGCUCCUCCUAAAGAGGAGUCUUUUCCAGCCUUGCAAGCAGCACAAACGAGGCAUUCUUCCAAAUCCAAAAAAUCUAUGAAGCCUAUGUUGAAAGAAACCAUCAUGGCUGCAAUUGCUGACAGAGAAGAGGUAGAACCUGCUCCAAAAGAGAAGAGUCGAACAAAAGAGGAGGAGGAACGGGCAAGAAAAGCAGAGGAAUUGGCCAGGAAGGAAGAGGAGUUGAGAAAGAAAAAGGCUGAAGCUGAGAUGAAGGAACGGUUGCGAUUGGAGCAGAAGGAAAAAGCCAAGGAGGCUGAGGAAAGGAAGAGGCGUAAAGCUGAGAAGGCCCAAGCUCGAGCUGAAUAUCGAGCACAGAAGGAAGCUGAGCUCAGAGAAAAGAAGAAAUUAAAGAAGGAGAAAAAGAAAGGUUCACCUUUGUCAGACACAACAAAUGGAGGUGCCGAAGAUGGUGCUUCUGCUGCCGAUAGUAGUCCACCUGAAAAUGUUCCAGAACCUGGGGCCCGAGCAGUAGGUGCUUCAAAGAGAACCUCCAGGCCAUCGUUAGCUGCAAAGCAUUAUAGUAAGAUACAACCUCUUCCUAUGCCCCUCCGUAACAGGGGUAAGAGAAAAAUGCGAGCAUGGAUGUGGGUGCUUCUGACAACUCUACUGGUACUUGCAUUGUUUUUGGCAGGCAACUACAUCUCUUUCAGUUUGAGGCUCCCACAAUUUGGCUUUUGAGCAUAUUUACAUAUUCACAUAUUUAUAUAUAUAUAUUUGUUACUUAUGCCGUAUAGAGGUUAGGAGAGGUGUUACCGAUAGAUCAAUGGCAGCCAUUCUUUUUGUGCACUACUCAUGAAGCCUUUUUCAUUUGGAUUGUUCUCAUUUCUAUAGUUUACUCCUUUGCAUUUGAGAUUCAGAAGGUUGAUUCCUCUCAUUAUUUGAUUUGGACAGAUGCUUAAUUAAUGUGGCUUAAAGUCAUAAUAAUAGCAAUAAUAUGAUUUCAUAUGCCUACAAUGUAUCUUUCAAAUAAA